AUGGCGAUGUUGGUGGCGUUCCCGAAAGGCGUGUCCCUGACGGAUGUUUCAGAGGAUGACCGGCGGAAUGAGGAGGUUGAAGAACUUUAUCAGCAAAUACCAGUUAGAAUUGAAGACCUGAAAGAAAACGUCAGGAAUCGAGGGAGGCCUAAGGGGAAAAAAGGCAGCCGUAUGAGUGAGAAGAGAGAUGGAAGACAGUGGAAUGGAAAUUCUCCAAAGAACAGGAUAAUUAAGGCAAGUAAAGCCAUUCAGUGUAGAAAGAACUUCAGAAAGAGAUCACAGCUCCUUGUGCAUGAAAGAAUACACCGAGGCGAAAAACCUUUUGAAUGCUCAGAGUGCGGAAGGAGACUGAGUACGAAAGGCAAUCUUAAGAUGCACCAAAGAACCCACACAGGGGAGAGACCUUUUGAAUGCUCAAUGUGUGGAAAGGGAUUCAUUUGGAAGGACCAUCUUCAGACACACCAAAGAACCCACACAGGGGAGAGACCUUUUGAAUGCUCAGUGUGCAGAAAAAAAUUCAGUUCUCAUCAAAGUCUUCGGUUGCACCGGAGAACUCACACAAGGGAGAAACCAUUUGAAUGCUCAGAGUGUGGAAAGAGAUUCAGCAUCAGGAGGACUCUUCAACUGCAUUUAAGAACCCACACAGGGGAGAAACCUUUUGAAUGCUCAGUGUGUGGAAAGAGAUUCAGUCAGAGUGGCCAUCUUCAACAGCAUCAAAUAACUCACACAGGGGAGAAGCCUUUUGAAUGCUCAGUGUGUGGAAAGAGAUUCAGUUGGAAGGGCCAUCUUCAAUUGCAUCAAAGAUCUCACACAGGGGAGAAGCCUUUUAAAUGCUUAGUGUGUGGAAAGAGAUUCAGUAUUAGGAGAACUCUUCAACUGCAUCUAAGAAUCCACACAGGGGAGAAACCUUUUGAAUGCUCACUGUGUGGAAAGAGAUUCAGUCGUAGUGGCAAUCUUCAUCUUCAGCUGCAUCAAAGAAUCCACACGGGGGAGAAACCUUUUGAAUGCUCAGAGUGUGGAAAGAGAUUCAGUCAGAGUGGCCAUCUUCGACAGCAUCAAAUAACUCACACAGGGGAGAAGCCUUUUGAAUGCUUAGUGUGUGGAAAGAGAUACAGUCAGAGUGGCUAUCUUCGACAGCAUCAAAUAACUCACACAGGGGAGAAGCCUUUUGAAUGCUUAGUGUGUGGAAAGAGAUUCAGUCAGAGUGGCUAUCUUCGACAGCAUCAAAUAACUCACACAGGGGAGAAGUCUUUUGAAUGCUUAGUGUGUGGAAAGAGAUUCAGUCAGAACAGCUAUCUUCAAUUGCAUCAAAGAUCUCACACAGGGGAGAAGCCUUUUAAAUGCUUAGUGUGUGGAAAGAGAUUCAGUGAGAGGGGGAAUUUUCAAAAGCAUCAGAGAACGCACACAGGGGAGAAACCUUUUGAAUGCUCAGUGUGUGGAAAGAGAUUCAGUCAGAGUAGCCAUCUUCAACAGCAUCAAAGAAUCCACACAGCAGAGAAACCUUUUGCAUGCCCAGAGUGUGGAAAGAGAUUCAGUCGCAGUGGCAGUCUUCAGGCGCACCAACGAACCCACACAGGGGAGAAACCUUUUGAAUGCUCAGAGUGUGGAAGGAGAUUCAGUCAACAUGGUAAUCUUCAACUGCACCAAAGGAUCCACACAGGGGAGAAACCUUUGGAAUGCUCAGAGUGUGGAAAGAGUUUCAGUCAGCAUGGUAAUCUUCAACGGCACCAAAGGAUCCACACAGGGGAGAAACCUUUGGAAUGCUCAGAGUGUGGAAAGAGUUUCAGUCAGCAUAGUAAUCUUCAACGGCACCAACGAACCCACACAGGGGAAAAACCUUUUGCAUGCUCAGUGUGUGGAAAGAGAUUCAGUCACAGUGGCAGUCUUCAACGGCAUCAAAGAACCCACACAGGGGAGAGACCUUUUGAAUGCUAAGAGUGUGGAAGGAGCUUCAGUCGGCAUGGUGAUCUUCAACGGCACCAAAGGAUCCACACAGGGGAGAAACCUUUGGAAUGCUCAGAGUGUGGAAAGAGUUUCAGUCACAGUGGCAGUCUUCAAUGGCAUCAAAGAACCCACACAGGGGAGAGACCUUUUGAAUGCUCAGAGUGUGGAAGGAGCUUCAGUCGGCAUGGUGAUCUUCAACGGCACCAAAGAACACACGUGGGAUGA